CUGCUUCCUCUGGUGUUGCCGGUGCCCCUUAGAGCGCCAACAUGGCGGCGAGGAAGGCAGCGGGAGAGCUGGGCCGCUCUUGGGUGUGGCUGGUGUCGCUGUUGCAGGCGGUAUCUGUCUAUGGGGCAGAAUUAUCGUCAGAGGCAUGCAGGGACCUGGGCUUCUCAAGUAACCUGCUGUGCAGUUCUUGUGACCUUCUUACCCAGUUUGCUUUGAAUCAGCUGGAUCCAUUGUGCAGAAAUUGCUGCCAAGAAGAAGCUCAAUCUGAAACUAGAAAGCUCUAUCCAGGGGCAAUUCUUGAAGUGUGCGGAUGAAAAUUGGGGAGGUUCCCUCAAGUUCAGGCUUUUGUCAGGAGUGACAAGCCCAAACUUUUCAGGGGACUGCAGAUCAAGUAUGUACGUGGCUCUGACCCUGUACUGAAGCUAUUGGAUGACACUGGGAACAUUGCUGAAGAGCUGAGCAUCCUUAAGUGGAAUACAGACAGCGUGGAAGAAUUCCUAAGUGAAAAGCUGGAACGACUCUAAGAUCUCUCUCUCUCUCUCCCUCUCUCUCUCUCUUUUGUAUUAAAUUCUUUAUUUUUCACAUCAUUUUUCAUCAUGGUAAUCUUCUCCGACAAAGUGUGAUAAACCCCGGAAAUCAUUCCAGCUUCUGCAUUAAUUUUAAAGCUAUCCACUAUUGUGUGAUACUCCACAUCUUUUAAUUAGAAGCAGAAGCUUCAUGUAUACCACAUUUGACAAAUUGGCAGGCUGAACAAAUGGCCUGUCGGAGUACAUCUCAGCUCAUCUUAGUAGAUGGAGAUCAUUAAUGAAGCGCUGUGAGACAAAUGUAAUGCAAAUACUGAAAUUUGUUAUAAUCUGGCCUCUUUUUUGUUUUAAUCAGACCUUUUUGUCAGCUCCCAAUAACUGAGAAGAUUACUGUGCUCUUUUUUAUAUGUUGUUGCUCUUUGUACAGUGAUGGGAAGUUGGAACCAAAUAAGAUGUACUCUGCUUCCCAAAGAGCUGUCUCCUAGCAUUCUCUGCAUUUUGUAUUUCCCAGCAGUCCUUUUUAUAGAAUCGUUAUGUACGAAUUCAUAAUGAAUGCUUGCUCUAAAAAAAAUCUUGCUCAUUUGGAAGAACUCAUGAUCUGGAUUGACUGGAGGAUGCCAGCAAAAUACUCUUUAAUGAUGACUACAUGUAAAGCCUUUAACAAAAGGCAUGUGUAGGUCUGAUGUCAGAUGUACUUUUGUUAAAUCCUUUUGCUUUGAUUCAGCAGACAUGAGUUCAGUGGAGGAGAAAAUAUUAGCAAGCACAAUAAACCUACUUCACAGAA